AUGGCGAUAUUCUCCGAUAUGAUUGAAAGGUUUAUUGAAGUUUUCAUGGACAACUUCUCAGUUUUUGGAUCUUCAUUCGAUGAAUGUCUAGAACCCCUGAAUUUGGUCUUACAAAGAUGCAAGGAGACUAACCUAGUUUUAAAUUGGGAGAAAUGCCACUUUAUGGUACAAGAAGGCAUUGUACUCGGGCAUCGAAUCUUAGCAAAAGGAAUUGAGGUGGACAAGGCAAAAAUUCAAGUUAUUGAGAAGUUAUCACCACCUAAAUCAGUUAAAGGAGUUCAUAGUUUCUUGGGAGCAUGCGGGGUUCUACAGGAGAUUUAUAAAAGAUUUCUCGAAGAGUGCCUCACAGCAUUCAACACUUUAAAGGAGAAGCUUACGACAGCACCAGUAAUUGUGGCACUAGACUGGGAACUCCCUUUUGAAUUGAUGUGUGAUGUAAGUGAUCACGCCGUGGGUGCAGAGCUAUUGGCUGCAGUAUAUGCAUUCGACAAAUUUAGGUCAUACCUUGUCGGGUCUAAAGUCAUAGUCUACACAGAUCAUACUGCAUUGAAGUAUCUACUCACAAAGAAUGAUGCAAAGCCGAGGUUGAUUUGUUGGAUGUUAUUGCUGCAAGAAUUCGAUAUCGAGAUACGAGACAAGAAGGGCGAUAUCGUCAAUUACUUGGCCAGUUCUAUCCCACUACCGGACUACUCGAGUCACCAAAGGAAAAAGUUCUUCGUCGAAUUGAAGUAUUAUUUUUGGGAGGACCCUGAUCAGAUAGUAAAGAAAUGCAUACCUGAGGAAGAAGUACAUGAGAUUCUCGAGCACUGCCAUUCAUCUGCAUAUGCAGGACACUUUGGGGCUUCAAAAACAGCUGCAAAGAUUCUACAAUCAGGGUACUACUGGCCUACACUAUUUAGAGACACAUUUGAGUUUGUUAAGAGGUGUGACCGAUGUCAACACACUGGGAAUAUCUCGAGGAGGAAUGAAAUGCCACUGAAUAACAUUUUGGAACUGGAGAUAUUUGAUGUUUGGGGAAUUGACUUCAUGGGACCUUUCCUCCCUUCGUUCUCAAAUCAGUAUAUCUUGGUAGCAGUGGAUUACCUGAAGAUCAUACUCGAAGUCACUGUGAAUUUAUCUAGAAAGGAUUGGUCUAAAAAGCUGGAUGAUGCAUUAUGGGCUUACAGAACAGCAUUUAAGACCCCGAUCGGCAUGUCUCCAUACCACCUAGUCUUUGGAAAAGCGUGCCAUCUGCCACUAGAAAUGGAGCACUGGGCAUACUGGGCUAUGAAACAGUUGAAUAUGGACUUGAGCGUCGUCGGUGAAAAGCGCCUACUGCAACUUAAUGAGUUAAAUGAGUUUAGAAUGGAAGCUUGA